AUGGAGACUGUUAGAAGGGCGCAGGGGUGUUGGACCUGCAAACGGCGUAAGAUCGGAUGUGACCGCGGCUACCCAGCCUGUAACAACUGUCUUCGCACCGGGAGAGAAUGUCUAGGAUAUGGGAUCCGUCUCGCGUGGCCAGAUCAGCCGGAUGGUCGUCGCAGAUUGAAUCGUCUUCCCGACCACACGAUCCACCAUCACGAAAUUGAUUCGGCCUAUUAUGGGAAGCAGUUUUUGAAUGUGACUUACUCAGAUCUAGCUAUAGCCAGAAAAGGCAUCUCGCCCAUUUGCUUGUCCUUCGUUCGGGCCCAGCCAAGGCCUGGACGAAUCAUUCCUCUAUUUUCGAAUCUCCACGAGAGGGAGUCGCAUCUCAUCGAUUACUACCGACGUAAGCUCUCUCAGAUGAUAUCCACAAUUGACGUCAACAACGGCUUUCGCGACGAUCUACUGCCUAUGGCACUCUCAAGCAUCGGAAGCGCCUCAGAUGGACUUAGAAAUGCCAUGCUCGCCGUAUCAGCCUUUCAUCUCUGGGGCCCCGAACAUGCUCUAUCUUACAAGGCCGACGCGCUUCGGUCGCUAUCUUCGUCCUUGUCGAGCGAAUCAGUCGGGAUUACUGAGACGCAACUAGCCACGUCAAUGAUGCUGUGCGUCUAUAAUGUAUUUGAUGAGAACGAGGGAAACUGGAAUCUGCAUCUUCACGGUGCUCAAACUAUUCUUCAGAAGCUUGCCUCUAUCCACGGCGGACGAUUGAAGUAUGGAUUCUUAUAUACAUGGUUCCUCUAUCAUGAAAUUCUAGGUUACUUUAGUCAGCCGCUUCUUCAUGGAACCCGGUGUCCGGCAUCUCUACAGCUCCUACACGAUGCGAGUUUUGAUAAAUCUCUGAUUAUAGGAUCUCUUGGAUGUUCCGUAGAAGUUAUGGAGAUCAUAAGCUACGCCAACGGAUUACGUGCUAUCGAGCUAAGGGGCGAGUCUGCAGAUUUUAAUGUCGAAGAAAGGACUCAGAGAGCCGAUGAAUGGCACCUAUUUGAAAGUAAAGUAACAAGCCUCCAGCAGCAUCUGGAUCCUCAUGAUGCGCAUCGCCUACCGCAGCAGGAGCGGACUAGGAUCCUUACUACGGCAGAGCUUUAUCGAAUCGCGGCCUUCCUAUACUUGCAAAGGACAGGCGACUGCACCCAUAACCAAGACCUCAGGUCAAUGUAUCUAGAGCAAGCCUUCCAAGCGCUGAGUAGCCUCGAAGUCUGUACAAGCCCAUGGCCACUCUUUGUCAUCGCGUGCGAGACGGAGAAUGACCAGCAAAGAAUUAUGAUCCUUCAAACACUCGAUCGAAUGGACAACGAAAGACACAUUGGUAACGUUUAUGUCCUACGGGAUAUUAUCGAAUCCCUUUGGAAACAACAAGACCUCCAGGCCGAUAGCGGCCGAACCUCAAAUACCAAAUGGUGGAACGUCGUCAACCUAAAUAUUACAGCGCCGUGGUGCAUCUAA